CUGACAGCUUGACCUUUACCUAAUACUAGCAGCAAGGUCGAGCAGUGGCGUUGCUGCUUGACAUUUCUGGAUAACGCUGCAACAGCCAUGAAGUGUCACCGCAUGCCUGAAACGUGGUUCAGCUCAGUCAGAGAGUUAGGAAGUUUCCAGAAGGUCGCACUGUCUUCAUACCACAUUUAAACUGCGCAGCAGUGUCAAUGAGUGUGUGUUCUUUAAAUCAGACCUCAGCAUUACCUUACCUGACGCUGUAAACGCGGCUAGCUGACAGGAGUUAGCUAAUAUUAGUAGUAAACAUGAGCUCGGCUCCAAACAACGGCGCCGUUAACGUGGCAGACACGGGGCUGUCCACAAAACCCGUCUCUGCUGUCUCGAUAGCCGGACACGCCAAGCAGGUCUUCAGCCAUGUGAGGAUAGAGAACCUGGUCGCGGGACUGAGUGGAGGUGUGGUGUCAACAUUAGUGCUUCACCCGCUGGAUCUGGUCAAAAUCAGGUUUGCAGUAAGUGAUGGAUUGGACUUCAGGCCAAAGUACAGUGGCAUAUUACACUGUAUGAAGAGUGUGUGGCUGCAGGAGGGACUCAGAGGACUCUAUCAAGGAGUGACACCCAAUGUCUGGGGUGCUGGAGCGUCUUGGGGUCUCUACUUCUUGUUCUACAAUGCAAUCAAAGGGUACGCAAAGGAGGGUCGCCAAACUGACCUAAGUGCCACAGAGCACCUGGUGUCGGCAGCCGGAGCAGGCAUCUUAACUCUCACCUUAACCAACCCAAUCUGGGUGACCAAGACCCGACUGGUGCUGCAGUACAACACUGACCCGACCAGUAAGCAGUACAAGGGGAUGAUAGACGCUCUGGUCAAGAUCUAUCGCUAUGAGGGAGUGUCUGGACUAUACAAGGGUUACGUUCCUGGUCUGUUUGGAACAUCUCACGGAGCGCUGCAGUUCAUGGCCUACGAAGAGCUCAAGAGAGACUACAACAAGUACAAGAAAGUGCCUUCAGAUGCAAAGCUGAAUGCGUUGGAAUAUAUCACAAUGGCGGCUUUAUCCAAAAUAUUCGCUGUGGCCACAACAUAUCCAUAUCAGGUUGUGCGAGCACGCCUGCAAGACCAGCACAACAAAUACAGUGGAGUUAUGGAUGUCAUCAGGCGGACAUGGAGAAACGAAGGUGCCAUUGGUUUCUACAAAGGCAUCAUCCCCAAUGUGAUUCGUGUCACUCCCGCCUGCUGCAUCACCUUUCUAGUUUAUGAGAAUGUGUCUCGCUUCCUGGGACAAAAUAAAUGAGGCCUAAAAGCACGGCAUGGACAGCUGCAAGGACUCUGAGCUCACGCUGACACUGUGGUGUCAUUCAGAGAGAAAAGCAUCAGACUGAAGCCGAACUCUCUGCGCAGCGGCCGUGCAAACGUGCUGAUGUGAGGAGCCUUCACUUGCACAGAAAAUGACUGAGGUUGACAAACUGAGAAAUGGAAUCAACAGUGGAUUCUUAUUUUUUUAACACAAACUCUAUUUUAGUGAAAAGUGAUGGUGAAUUACGUGCACAGUCUGUUUUUUUAAAAUGAUGAGUAAAUCAGCAUUCCACGCUCAUGUCCAAGGAGGCUGAUAAAUGUUUUAUCAAACCUCUGUUUACAUUUGAUCUUUUCUUGUGACAGAAAGGGAUACAGGCUGAAAUAUGAAAAGCUGAGCUCAGGUUUCCAGUUGUGUGUAUGUGUAAUAUUAGUUUGUCUUUUAAAUUAUUUCUUUAUAUAAACACACAGCAGCAAUAGAGAUGAUUUUUGUUCCGGACACACACACACACACAUCAGUUUAUACUUUUGUUCAGAUUAUCUUCCUGGCAACAAACUGCAACAUGCAUUGUCAAUGUUUGAUAUGUAUAUAAAUAUAUUAAAUGUAUUACUUUUGUGCCUA